UAUCUCCUCGAUGUCCAUUCCCUACAGAGGAAACGGGAGGAACCGAGAGCAGUGGGACUUCAAAAAUCUCAUCUUUCCCCGUUUGUGUCCUUCCCCUUGCUUUGAUGCAUCAAACCAACUACCAAUCAAAUGUUCCCUUCGUUCCAAAAAAAUAGCCGGCCUCGGGAGGAGCAACAAAAGCAAGAAAGAGAGUGGUUAGGAGUAAGUUUCAGGCCAGAGAACUUCAUUCCAGGUCUUGUUAUAGGCUUCAUUAUUGGGCUGUUGUUCGAUUUAUCAAAGCCCGGUAGAAAUUACUCAACAAAGAAAAAUUUAUCAUCGAGCAAGCUCCAACGGCAACUGUCAGUCCCAAGCAAUGGUGAUCAAGAGCUUAAAAUGGUUCUGGUAGUAAGACAAGACCUAAAGAUGAAAUCAGGAAAGAUAGCAUCCCAGUGUGCUCAUGCUGCCACUGGAAUGUAUGCUGAACUAAUGCACAGCCAUCGAUCCCUUUUGAGACAAUGGGAACAGCUUGGCCAACCAAAAAUUGUUCUGACUUGCAAGAAUCAACAAGAAAUGAAUAAGCUAAAGGAAGCAGCUGAGAGUAUUGGCCUUCCUACUUUUGUUGUUGCUGAUGCUGGACGAACGCAGGUUGCGGCAGGGUCAAAGACCGUUCUUGCAGUUGGACCUGGUCCAAAAGCAUAUGUGGAUUCGGUGACUGGGAAGUUGGCCCUGCUUUGACAAAUGGUGAUUAAUAAUCAGCCUCCAAAUGCAUGCUGUGGUCGCUUGAGUUUCUGAGACGUUUGAAGAGUUCAAUCGAAGUGGCCUACAAAAUUUUUCUCACCCACCCAACUCAUUUACUAGGAUUGAUUAUUUGGAUGCGAAUUUCUUUUAGGGCUUCAGAUUGUAUGGAUUUUAUUCACUUGUAGUUGUCGCAGUGGUCAAACUUUUUGAGACUGAGGCUGACUCUAAACCUACUGGGUGUACAUUUAUCCGCGAUGCACAGCAACAUUGUCUUCUUUGGCCCUUCGAGAAACCAAUAAAAAUCCUUAUUUAUUA